AUGGAGUGUUACGUUUGUGGAGAGAAGGGUCACAAAGCUCGCGAUUGUCCGAACCGUGAGAACUCUAAUAACGAGAGACCUGUGAAGUGCUAUAUUUGCGGCGGAUUUGGUCAUAUUUCUCGUGACUGCCCUAGCGAGUCUGGAAAUCGCCGUGAGACUACCUGCUACAACUGCGGAAAGCCCGGACACAUUUCCCGUGACUGCCCCGAGGAACACACCCAUCCUGUUAAUCCUCAGAGAUCGAGAGUCAUCAUUUGCCGCAAGUGCAACCAGGAAGGUCACAUUGCUCGCGACUGCCCCAACGAUAUUGUGUGCCACAACUGCCACCAGGCGGGACACGUUGCUCGCGACUGCCCCAACGAGGCUCUGUGCCACAACUGCAAUCAGCCGGGUCAUCUUGCUCGCAACUGCCCGAAUGAGGGAGUGUGCCGCAAGUGCGGCCAGAGCGGACACAUUGCUCGUGACUGCCCGAAUUAAGAGGUGAUAAGAUGUUUGGAGGAUUUUACGGCUGUAAUUUUCUACUAUCAUUUUG